AUGACGCUCAAGGAAUCAACCCAACAGCCGCAGCAGAUGAAGAUCGAAGGCAAGGAAAACGCUUCUAUCGUGAGAACAUCGGUGGAGAGAGCAAGGGCCGAGGACGACGUUGCACCGAUCGCGCUGGAAGAAUUGCAGGAGCCAAACACAGUUCCUUCGGUGCACCAACCAGACGCGAUGGCCAAAGAGGAGACAGCCGCUUUGGAUAUCCCCAUCGAUCACUACGAAACGAAGCGAAUUCUUCGCUCUCGUCUCCCAGUAGUCACUCCGACUCCUGGGCUAUUGUUGUUGGAUACAAGCACGAGCAUCGACCGUGUUCUUGCUUCUUUGCACGAUUCGUCGAAGAAUCGCGAUGUGGCAUUGAAUGGCGUUUCUUCUUCUUCGUCUUCCUCUACCACCAACAAAAGAACCUCCUCCUCUACCAAGAGUGCUACCAAGGACGAUAGCACCAACCGUCUUCAUGUCCUUGCCAAACUGGACUUGUCGUCAUCGCCGACAAAGAGCGUGACUCUCAAGGUCGUCACGUCGACGAAACAGUCGUUCGUUGAAAACUUGGAUAUGAUGCUCUGCGAAGGAAGCGCAACAAACUCAAAAGCAGUCCAUUGGGCAGUAGAUGGUCAAUCGUUUGUCAUCGAUAGGACUCACCGUCAAGACUUGGCCGGCCUCAUGCAGCCCUAUUUCAAUCACGCGUGUCUGUCGGUGUUGACUCGGCAGUUCCAACACUACGAGUUUCAAAAGGAACCGAUCGGAAAAAUGAGAAUCAAUGGAAAGCAUCGAUAUCACAACCCUAAAUUCCACAGAGACACUAACGAUUCGGAGCAGCUCACUCAAGUUCGACCAGUGCGACGCGCAGCAACGAAGACUCCCAUGAAGACUCCCAAAAAGGCUCCGAUGAAGAGUCCGAAGAAAACGCCGAUGAAGAAUGCCAGAAAGACACCCAAAAAGAUCCAAACAAAGACUCCCAGAAAGACACCCAAGAAAUCUCCCAAGCCCAUGCGUCCUGAAAAACCUGCGCCUCUGGCGUUCCUUCCAACGCCCAAGAAACGUCCCGCAGUUCGUAGAGUUUCCAAUUUUGACGAGCAGGACAACAUGAUGCCACCCAGAAGCACCCGGAAAGCACGUAUCCGAGGAUUUGACGAGCUUGACAACAUGAUGCCACCCAGAAGCACCCGGAAAGCACAUAGCCGAGGAAGUCUCAACUCGCUCUCUGUAAGGUUUGAAGAAGCUCCCAGACCGGCCAAGAAAGCCAAAACUGCCGCUAGAACUCCUGCAAAAAAGGCAAGGGCUCCUGCAAAAAAGGCAAGGACUCCUGCCAAGAAAGCAAGGACUCCUGCAAAAAAGGCAAGGGCUCCUGCCAAGACUCCUGGAACGUUGCGUGGCAAGCCCCUUCCACCAGCAGGUAUGGCCCCCGCCGACUCCAACGCAAUCCUGACGAUCCGUUCCCCGCCACUGUUGCCGGAUCGCGCCGAAUCAAAGCCGGACAAAGAGUCUCUGGGACCAGUGUUUUCUUUUUCGUCUCCGACUGGCGCUCACGGCAAGCCAGCAGAUGACAUCCAAAACGCGGCACUCUCGGUCUGCAACAUUACAUCGCUCGAUAGUUUGACCGUCGACCUCUUUGGGAUCACCGCCAAUGGAACGCUUUCUGCCGCUAACGCUCCUUCUAGUCCUUCGAUUGCUAGUCCGACGAUGGGUUUUCCCUCCCUCGAUCCCUACCCUCUCCAACCACGAAGGGUGUCAAAUGUGGGGAGCACUGAAGCUGCCCCCUCCGUGGCUGCGGAUGCCCUCCCGGAACCUCCACGAGGCAUUACUCGGCGCUCCUCUGCGGAAGACUUUGCUGCAUUCUUUGACACCGAACCACAGUGCGGAGAAAGCCAAACCAUUAGCAAAUUUCUGAGCAAGGAACUUGAAAUCAUUGCUGAGAAAGCACAAGAUGCGGCGACGCCCAAACGCGGCAUAGUCGAAAUGUCGUUGUCCGAUGGGCUUGAGCUUUCUUACUCGCCAAUCAACUUGUUUCAGAAACCAGGCCGCCCUUCCAAAGAUGCCACCUCCUUCGAAAGCACGGAAAGCCCUUUGUUUCCUAGGUAUGGAAAUGCGCCCACCAGUCCCGUGGAGACGACAACGGUUUGCGAUCGCCGUGCAACUUUCUCGCAUCUUCAUCAAUCGUACCACCAGCCAACAUUCAAUGGAAGUAUGUCGCAGUUUGUCACUCAGAGCCAGUGGUGCCCGCAGAGCCAAGUCGAGCUUCGUCAGCCGGUUUCUCGAGUCCCUGCGAACUGGGUAUACUACCCAAAUCCUCCUCUUCCUGUCUUCAGCGAUCGUCAGCCCGCCAGCAACUAA